CGCGCGGCCCCGGCGGCCGCCGCUCCCCUGCCCGUGCCGUGCCCGUGCCCAUGCCGGCCGCGCUGCCAUAGCCCUGCGGGCUCGGCGCUCCUCGGCUCGAGGGGAGGGGGCACCACUUCUCUGGGUCUCCGCACCACAUCGUUAUGGACCUAUUCGACUUUUUCAGGGACUGGGACUUAGAGCAGCAGUGUCACUAUGAGCAAGACCGGAGUGCACUUAAGCGGAAAGAAUGGGAGAGAAGGAACCAGGAGGUCCAACAAGAUGAAGAUCUCUUUGCUUCAGGUUUUAACCUCUUUGGGGAGCCCUACAAGACAAAUAAAGGUGAUGCCCUUGCAAACCGUGUCCAGAACACACUGGGAAAUUAUGAUGAGAUGAAGGACCUGUUAACCAACCAUUCCAACCAGAGCCACCUUGUAGGAAUCCCAAAGAAUUCUGUCCCACAGACACCUAUUGACAAAAAUGAACAGACCUUUUUCCCAGAACCGAGGAACAGGAUGAUCCCAUCUCAUCAAAUCAGUGGCCACUCAUCAACAUCAAUGCCUCCACCUUCGUUGUCAUCUAACUCUACUUUGCUACACAGUCACCAGAGCAGCAGAAAGUCGAGGACAGACUGGUCACGGGGUGGUCACAACACUAGUGGGGCCCAGCCAAGCCAAUCCAGUAGUCAGCAGAGCCGGACAAAGCAUAGCUCCUCUCAUGACCAGGCACAGGGCAGGUACGAAGACCUCUAUAAUUGUCAGAGUGAGCAGCAUAAAAGCGGGGGAACUGAGGAAGCAAAUUCUAUGGCAGCAUCUUCACAUUCGAGGAGGCACACUCAUUCCAAGUCAGCACCUGGAGAACAUACUUACAAAGAAAACAGUCAUUCGAAGUCACCUGCAGAGCUUGAAUUUGUAGCUCAUGGUCCUGGAUCUCCACUUCCUUCCACUUCGUUAUUAUCUGCAAACAACAGUCUUUCGUCUCAGAAUUUCCCACCAGGACUUCACUGCAAGAACAGCAUGGUCCAGCAAAAGCCUACAGCCUAUGUCAGGCCUAUGGACGGUCAGGACCAGGUACCCAAUGACUCACCUGAACUGAAACCUCCGAUAGAAAUCGAGAGUGGAUAUGGAAAUCAGUCCUUUGGAACACUGCUUGAAGGAAAAGUGAACGCACCUAGUUCAAAGAACAAAGUACCAAAGCUCACCAUUCCUCCUGUUAAUGAAGUUCCCAAUGACUCCAGCUGUGUGGAAGACAUAUUACGGGAGAUGACCCAUUCCUGGCCUCCUCCUCUUACUGCUGUUCACACUCCUGGCAAGGCUGAGCAGACCAAGUUUUCUAUCCCAAGCAAGGACUCCCAACAUCUGACCUCAGGAUACAAUGUACAAAAGUGGAGUGAUCCAGCAGGGAAAGUUGCAACUAAGUCAGUGCCACAAAAGUCAAUGCUUGAGGAUGAUCUGAAACUCAGCAGUGAUGAAGAUGACAAUGAACAGGCUGCCGAAAAGACAAAAUUGAGGAAUAUUCCUGUAAACAGUGUGCCCGUGCCAGCAGCACACGCAACCGGCUUGGCCCAUUCCAGUGGCGGCUCUGGGAGCUCCAGUGAGUCCGAGAGCAGCUCUGAGUCUGACUCCGACAGUGAGAGCAGCUCCAGUGACAGUGAGUGCAACGAGGAGUCACGCAGUGCCACGCCAGAGCCUGAACCCCCCUCAACAAACAAAUGGCAGCUGGAUAAAUGGCUAAAUAAAGUGAACCCCCACAACAAGACCAUCAUCAACAAUCAAAAUGAGCCUCACAGUGAGACCAGCUCCCAGACCCAGAGCAACCAGCAGGCCGAAGGGCCUAACAAAGGGAAACUCAACAGCAGCCUGCCCCCGACCGAUUCCAAAGACCGGGCGAUCCUUAGUCCCAUCCGAGAGAAAGCCAAACCACGGGUUGCCCAGAAAACCCCAGAGGCUAAAAGCUCCAAGCAGAAGUCCCCAGCUCAUAAUGAGCCAACUUCACAAAGGACUACUGGGAAAAAACAACCCAAAAAGGUAGAAAGGACUUCCAGUGUAGAAGAGUAUAACUGGCCCAAACCAAAUAAUACCAGCAACACUCCCAAAGAAAAAGACACACAGGAACCCCCCGAGCAGCCAAAGGUUCGAACUAAAGCAGCAGUUGGAAAGACUGCUCCAAGGAAAGAACCACGAACUAGCACAGGUCUCACUUCAGAGAAGAAGAAAUACAGAGGCCCCAGCAAAAUUGUCCCCAAAUCCCGGGAAUUCAUUGAAACGGAUUCAUCUACUUCUGACUCUAACACUGACCAGGAGGAGAGCUUGCAGGCUAAGGUAUUGCCUGCUUGCCCUGGCUCUGCCAAUGGUGUCAAAGCGAAGGACUCUGGCAGUAACAUCCUCAGCGUAAGUAGUUUAACUAGCAAUGGCAGCAACACAUCCAUUGACCAGACCAGCAAUGACCUGGAGGAGCAGCUCUUUUCUCCUAUUCCAAUUGUACAAAACGAACUUCUGUCCCCUCUGAGAGAGUAUGAAGAACUCAAAUCUCUGUGGGUGAAAAUAGACCUUAGUUUACUCUCUAGGAUACCUGGACAAGAGCCUUUUGAGACCACAUCUGUGAAAAGUGAACCAAGAGAGGCAAAUGUGAAACACAGGCGACCAUCUCGGGAGUCCCCUACCCCAGCACCUGAAAAACCACCCACAAAAUCCAAAAGGAAACACAAGCAGACAGAAAGCCUGGAUACCUAUGUUGAAAGCAAGAAACAGCGCCUGGAGGACUCUUCAGCUUCAUGCCUACUCCCACCUUGUAUCUCUCCAAUACCGAAUCAUAGAUUAACCAGCACUAAAGAGAGCAGCAGUAACUCAGUGAAAAAGGUGGCAAAGAAAAGAGAAGAGAAGCUGUUCCCUCCUCCGUUAUCCCCACUCUUGGAUGAGCCUGUGCACCGGCGGCACAGCAGUGACAACAGCUCCUUCAGCCAAGAGACCAACAUCACAAGCACCCCUCAGACCAGCAGCUCUUCCUCCUCUGCUUCUAAACACAGAAAGAAUGAAAAUAAAUCUUCUUCUAACCCCAAAGGAAUCUGUGAGGAAGAAUCUCAAAAUACACCAACAGCCAACCCUCUUCUUGACACCAGCCAUCUAGAAACAGACAUCUGGUCUGCAAUGCCAACACUUUCCAACGGGAAUUCUGAGUCCAGAAGACCCAAAAUAACAUUUGAUGAUGUGCUUCACAAUGCGGAUUAUUACAUGCAGGAGGCCAAGAAGCUAAAGCAUAAAGCAGAUGCAUUGCUGGAGAAGUUCGGCAAAGCAGUGAAUUAUGCUGAUGCUGCCCUCUCCUUCAUCGAGUGCGGGAAUGCUAUGGAGCGAGAUCCAUUAGAAGCUAAAUCUCCAUACACCAUGUACUCAGAGACUGUGGAACUCAUCAGGUAUGCAAUGAGACUCAAGAAUUUCACAGGGUCUUCUGCCACGGAAGGGGACAAGAAAUUAGCAGUUUUAUGCUACCGAUGCUUAUCACUUCUCUACUUGAGAAUGUUUAAACUAAAGAAGGACCAUGCUAUGAAGUACUCCAGAUCUCUGAUGGAAUAUUUUAAGAACUCUUCAAAAGCCUCUCAGGCCCCCUCACCUUGGGGCGGCAAUGGAAAGAGCACAGAAACACCAUCACCCAUGUCCCUGAGCCCGUCCCCCGUCAGCUCUGCUGGAAGCAGUGCAGGCACCGCCAGCUCCUCCUCAGCAGGGACCAUCACCAUCCCUCAGCGUAUCCACCACAUGGCUGCCAGCCAUGUCAACAUCACCAACAACGUCCUGCGGAGCUACGAGCACUGGGACAUGGCUGACAAGCUGACUAAGGAGAACAAAGAAUUCUUUGUAGACCUGGACUCAGUGAUGGGACCCUUAACACAACACAGCAGUAUGACCAAUCUGGUUCGUUAUGUUCGCCAAGGACUCCACUGGCUCCGCAUUGAGGCUCAUUUGUUGUAGUGACUGCUGCCCUGUUCAUAACAUCCCCAUUCUUCUACCUCUACCAGCGCAGAGACGAUCACUGGUGGAACUCCACUCAUUUUUGGAAGUUUAUUCAUGUAACUUCAUUUUUAUUGCCUUUUUUAAUAUCCUAUCUAUUGGAAGUAGAAGUCACCAUAAAUUGAACUUAUGACUCAAAAGCAGUAUGUGUUGUACCAUCUAAUCAUUUUCAACAAUUUUCUAUGCCUUGUGUCUCCUGGAUCCUGCCAUCCUUAUGUGCUUUAUGGAACGGUACAUUCCCUGCAGUAUUGUUUUAAGUCCAUGCUGCCUUCAAGUGAAAACAAAAAAGCACUUUGAGAAGAUAUGGAUUCCUGAGAAAUAGUACAAAGCGUCUUAAAUAUUUGAGGGUAUAUAUGAGAAAUCCCUUCUGAAAUAAAUUAGUAGAAGUUAUAGCUAUUCAUAUGAUUUAAAAUCGUCUUCUGAACCUGAACCAAGCUUUUUGACGCUAAAUUCCGGCAUCAUUACCUGACAUAGUACAUUCCUAAGGUUUCAUGUUUCCUAUAGGCUUAAUCUCUAAAAGAGAACAUUGGAUAUCUUACAGAUAGAUAAUGUAAGAUCACCAAAGGUGUUGAGAGGUAAAAAGUUGAAGGAAUGCCUCAUAAAAGAAUGAUGACACACUAUGCAAUGAGGUUUUGAUAUUACAUUCUUCCUGUUUAUUGUUGGCUUAGUAAAUUCAUUAGGCAGCAGAAUUUAUUGCAGUUUUUAGGCAGUUUCCAAAUAUUAGCUUUCAUAGCCUUAUCUACCAUUCCUGUACUAAAUCUGUGAGUUUUCUUUCAGUUUUGCUGUUUAGUUUCAAUCAAAUAUUCAUACAAGAUUUUUUUCCAUAGAACAAUCUCUCCUUGCAUAGUGACUCAGUGAAAGCAGAUUUUAACAGGACUGCUGCACUCUAAGCAUUGAUAUUGUAUGUGAAAGUCCAUUAAUAAGUGUAUGCAGAUUCUUCAUGAAACUCUAGAAGUUUAACUAACCAGCUACUGUUGAAACAUUAUAAUUCCAUGUGGCAUCAAUUUUCACCUAUUUUGUUCAUUUCAGAGCAUUAGAAACGAACAGUAUUAUCUUGCUAUCUUGAAAACAAUGUCAAAUUAAAUAAAAUCACCAGAUUUACCCAAAAGCAAUAUAACAUUUGUUUAAUAAUGGCCAUGAAUACUUCAGUCAGAUUACCUGUUUUCCAAGCUCUGCAUCUAUUUACCCAUGCUGUCAUGUUUCGGACCAUUCCUCUAAUGCGUGAAUAAUAAUGAGACAAUUCAGAUAGAAUUUCAAAGCAAUUGUGAAUAAAUUACACCAUUUCACAUUUGCUCUUUCCUCUUCUUUUUUUUCCCCUGUUAUAAACUGCACUGCUCUUCUGGUGCCAUUGCAAGAAGCGCUGGUGCAUGAAACAAAACAAAAUGAAUUUAUAUCAAUAAUUCACAAGACUUUAAAUGGUCUCAUCUCAUUCUUGAUACGCCUGCAUACCUUACUGAACUGUAAAAUCCAUUUCCAUAAACAGAAAAUGCUCAUAGCAAUGUAAAUAUUAUUCUGUCUCAUCUCAUUGAAAUAAUACAAUAUGUGUAUUAAAUGCCAUCCAGAUAUUAGUUAAUUGCAAUUACCUUCUGCUAUAUAAACCUGUAUAUCCUUUAAUCUGGUGAGUUAUUGGAUUCUACUCACUGGGUUGUAACCAUAUAAAUAAGAAAAAUUUGCAUUUAAGAGGUUCAGACUGUGAGGAUUUUUAAAGCAGGCCCUGGAUAUUUGCAAUAAGAGCAGUUUGAGGACUCUGCCCAAUGCAUAUUUAAGACAAACUUUACUAUAGCUGUUGUAUAUUAGCUCCCUGUAGUACUACGUUUUCUUAAAAAUCAAUAAUUCCUAAUGUUUUGUUCCAGAAGACUGUAUUGUAAAUGUAGCCAAGGUGCAUCAUUAGAGAAAUCAUCAAGUUUAGGGUUGUCUGCAAAGGACAUUUGCAGAACAAGCACAUCCUGUAUUAUCUGCACAUUCCUGUUCCUGAAGUGGUCGAUACACCCUUAUCUGUUCUCUUAGGGUUUCAGUAACACGGCUGAAACAUGAGUCUGACAGCAUUCGUCACAGUGAUUAUGACCCCUAAUGAAUAAAACCAUGACAGUGAGAACCAUUCAGAAACGUAGAUGAAAGGUGGCUGUUGGGUUUUUUUUAAAGCAAAAGAAAACAAAGCACUUGAAGUACUUUAUUUAACUUUUUUAACAGGGUGAGUACUUGAGAUGAAGUAAUGUUGGGGUGGUUUUGUCAUAAGCCACUGUUUUCCAUUCUUUUUGCAAUAUCACACUAAUGCAAUCCAGUAAGUAUUUAGUCUAAUUAAAUGCAUUAUCAUCACUUUUUCCUUUAAUGUAGACUGAAGCCCUAGACUUCCAUGCAUUUAUGAAGGAUUGAUAUGUCUUGAAAUACAGUCUUCAGAUACAAGACUGUUCAAAGAAGUAGCUGCAGUCACUUGGUAAAGACAACGUAUUAUCUUUCCCCUGGGGCUUGCAAUAAACAGACUCCUAUCUCUAAGUUUACCCCAUAUUCACAAUCUUUUGCUUAAACAGCUUAAAGAAUUAGCCCACCUUAUUUUGUAUCUUGUGACUUAGUUUGAAGCGUAUGCUGAAUCAAUGGCAUGAUUAUAGUAAGUCCAGCAGUCAAGUCUAGGAUCACAAGCCAACUUACUAUUUAGCAGUCUUGUUUCAAAAGCGGCUUAGAAACAAAUUUAAAUAUAGAGAGUGAAUUACUGUCUUAUCCUUGGAGAUGAUGCUUCUUUUGGGGUAGUUAUUAAGGAUUAUUGCACUUAUACAGGCACUAUAUUCAUCUCAUUUCAAAUGGCAACAUGUCAUCUUUGUGGAAUCAUUUUACCCCUUAAAAUAUUACUUCCAGCAGAGUUAAUCAAAUGAGAUUGUUUGUUUCAAUCCAUGGGGAAGCAGCAUGUGUUUGCUUGGGCAUUUGCUAUGUCUGUUCUUAAUACAGCCCACUUCAGGCAUUCAAACUCAUGAACCAAGCUCCAAAAAUUACAAGAUUGGCUUCAAAUCAUGGGUGGGGAGGUUUUUAAAUAAACUUUUUGGGUUCUUGUGUUGCCUUCUGGAUACUGAGCUUUGAGGCUGAUUUCAUGACGUUUUCAGGCAUUUUUCAAGCAUGCGAAGGGCCAGAAAUGACACAUUUGUUUUCAAUAGUGAUAACUGGGACAGUGAUGUAAUCUCUCGAUUUCUGCAGCUGGGAUGUAAGGACACCAAGCUUCAUAAAAAACUAUGAGAGCUGACAAGACUUUUGUGUCCCAUGCUUUAGGAGCUUUGGAGCAAUAUCAAUAGUUCAGCAGUGAAGGGAACAUGCCAGUAAAGGGCUAAAUGCAAGCAUUUGGGAGCUCCAUCAGUAUGAGAUCCAAGGACAGCAAAGUCUUAAGUACUCAAGCGAUGCAUUUACAUAGCACUUAACCUCAAGAGCUGCAGCAGGUCUUAAGUGAAGCAUUUGACAAUGUGCAGGCACAAUGCCCUGCUCGAAUGCAAUAUCUCCAGCCACAUGAAGUGUGUUGGAUCUUUGAGAUCAGGGACCAGAGGGAAAACCUGAGAUGAUUAACCCAUAUGGUCCAUGUUCCCUCAGAGUAUGUCCUAGUGGAUGUGGAUCUCAUCUGUGCUCCUCAGGCUCCUUUCAGAGGGCAAAUAGUUCUGCCCACGCUUACCAAAGUAACAGUGUAAGUGGUUCAUGCUGAGUUUGGAUAUCUGGGUUUGGCCCAGUAUUUCUGCUGGUUAGUUUAGUUUGUUAUUUUAUUUUAUUUGGUUUGGUUUUUAGUCAUUUUGGUUUAGCUUACAGCCUUUUUGUUGUUGGUGGUGGUGGUGAAUUUCACUACUUGCUUCUUAUAGCUUAAUUUCACUUUUUAUUACAUGGUCUUUGGGCUUUUAAUCAUUUAAAUAGUCCCUCUGUGAAUAUAUUGUCUCAUUUAUAAAUUAUUGCCUUUAAAAGAUAGGGACAGGUCUGUUGAUAUCAAUGUGGGAUUUUUUGAAGAAUAAAAAGAUCAAGAUCUUCAUUCUUCCUAAAGAAACAGAAUCUGAGAAAUUGAAUCUGGGCUGUAAUUUCUUAGAUUUUUUUCAUUUCACAGAUUUUAUGGUGUUUUAUUAUAACAGUUCAGAUUCACUGACAAGUUUUUAGGUACUUUGGAGAAAAUGUUUUCAUUGUAUUUUUAUUAGUAUUGAAUGCUGCCUGAAUCCAGUGAUUAGUUUCAUGCGUGCAAAUUAAAAGGUAGCAAAAAUGGAGCUGGUAAGGAUUCUGACUUGAGUAUUAAUAUAUUUAUUUGCCUUUAAUUCAGGAGAGACUCCACUACACACAGUAUUGAAGGAAGCACAUGUGUGUGUGUGUGUGUGUGUGUACACAUGUAGAUUUGGAUGUGGAUGUGCAACACAAAGUCCCUGCUUAGUACUUCAUAGCACGGGAAAAAAAGAUGCAAUAGUUGUAAUGGGAAAACACUCUUACCACUGCUGAAUAGUAGCAGAAUUAUCAGUGUUCCUCUGUAGUUUGUAUAUAGUCCUAUUUGCAUCUGUUGUUUCCUUGCAGGCAAUGAAGGUAUGACAGGUAGUAGCAACAACUUUGUCAUCUUGGUCCUGUGGCCCCUGAAGUCAGCGUCAAAACCACGUGCUGUCAAUGUAUUGUUUUUCAAAGGUUGACUCAUGCAAUAGAAAAGUGUCUUGAAAUUUUAAGAAAGGAAAAAUACUUCACAAGUCGCCAAAGAAAACUAGUUUGUCAUUAUGAACCAACUGUGAAAUGUCCUGUAGGUGGGCAGGUACACCAUUGAGGGCCUGUGCCGCUCGCAGCAUCUCCCUGGCCUCACUGAGUGUGCUGGGAAUGAGGCAGAGGGGGUCACAAUGAGAAGCCAGUCCACUGUCCUUAUGACAUCUUCCAGCUUUACUUUACAUACUGUUUUAUAAACACAAAUAAAACAAGUCUUGUUAAUGUUGGGAGGGCUCAUUUCCUCUGUUUCUGAUACUUCUGGACUUCCAUGGUGUAACCAGACCACUAUCACAGCAAUGCAUAUAGGCAUUCUGUUUUGUCUAAUGAGAUAUAUAGAGAGUUAGAUCUCAGUAGAUAAUCACUUGAUAUUUCAUAGCCUAUAUGUAAAGGCUAAAAGCUCACUUAGUCUCUUCUUCAAUAAAACCUCCCUGCUACUGAAUGCAAAAUGUUCCUGCCUGACUUAGAGAGCAGUCAUCUUCUCUGCAGUACUCUGCCUUUCUGGUGGACUCAGUAGUUUUAUUUUAGCCAUUUUGUUUCAAAGAUCUUUUGUCUUCCAAGAUCAGUGAUCACCUCAUGCCAUUUUAAACCCAUGGUGGUAGGUGUGGAAGUCAGAGUGAGCUCAGAUCCCACGGGGAUCCCAUGGCUCUAUAGAUAGAAAUGAGAGCAAAUUCUGGUGCAGGUGAGUUACUGCAUAAAACUGGUGUCAGAUAAGAAUCAAAUCUGACCUCCUUAUGUUGCAGAAAUACUAUCAAGCUGUGUCCAGAAGUACAGGGUAUGUAGCAACAUCUCAGGCAGCUUAUUGGCAUUGUAGUCAUAUGAGGCAAUUAUAGAGAUGUGAAAAGUGGUUUAGAGAAACUGGACAAGUUGGUGUGGUCUGACAUUAUGAAUUUAACCUGUGCAUGCUUCACACACGUACUGUUGGUAUGUCCUGUACCAUGGUAUCCUACAGAAUCUGAAUGUGACACCAUCUCAUCCAGUUCCUUAACCCACCCCAGGGUGUCACCACAUCUCACAGAGCUAAUGCUUAUCUUUGCCCUGAAAUCACCAUACAGUUAAACCCUUUUCCCUUUGCAACUCCAGGGAGGACUAAGCCCAGGGACAAAGUGGCCGGCUCAAGUAGCAAUGUGUGUGCUCAGUGCUCUGGAGAGAGGCUGCAGAAAAGACCUGACCUUGCCUAUUGCAGGCUGUGGAGCCACACACAGUUCCCUGAGCCCUCACCCUGCUCAGGGUGUUGGACUACUACAGGUUUGCAUAACCCUGACCAUUCGUGUGCAGGAGAUGUGGUGGGGGACCAGGGCUGUGCACAACAGGAGUGAGUGGCCCCAGCACCUGGAUGCAGCAGAGCUGUGGCUCUGCAUUGCUUUUAGGUGUUGGUCCUCUGCUGCUGCAGGUGGGACUUGGAUUUGGGCACUCUGUUUUCCAUGCACUGAAUCUGGGAGAGCCGAAGGAGUUGACAGAAGUGGUGCAUGUGGUCACAUCAUAAAACUAAGGCAAUAGUCACUGUAUGCAGAAUUGCAAUUUAAAUUGUAGUGUCCACAGGACCUCUCGUGCUUACAGGACUCUAGCUGAGUCCAACUGAUGCCAGUUAUUAAAGCCAUGUGAGUGGAUGAUGCAGCUGUUUGAGACUUGUGUUCUUUAAUUUUAACUGAGUUCCCCUCUAUGCAAGUCCUGUAAGCACUCUAUGCUGGAUAUAAGCUUGCUCACGGUUGUGUGUCAGUUUGGUGUAAUUCCAUUGAAAACCCCAUCAAACAGAAAUAGCUCUAAUUUCUAGUCUGUUAUUUCCUUCUCUGAAUUAAAAGAAAACUCAGAUUCUGAAGUGGAUUUAUUGUUUUAAUGGGCAACAGUAAUUACAAUGGACCAAACUUUGAGCUGAGCACAUGUAAAGUAACUUGUCUCAGCCUGUGGAAUUCAUGGGACCAAAUUCUGCUGUCAUGAGACAAUCACACAAGUGAGCACUGUUCAUCAAAGAAGAAGCUGGUUAGCAGAAAGGGCAUAGGCUGUUGGGCCAGACCAUAAGUUGCAUUAAGCCCAUCAAUUCAAUGGAAUUACCCCUAUUUUUGUUCUGGCUGAGCACUCUCACCCCACUGAAAUUAGUUCAAUGUCUCUGGACUAGAGCUGGCAUAACUGCAAUCAGACUUGCUCUUCAACUCAGCCCAGCUCAGGGAAACCACCGUUGACUUCAGUGACAACAUGGAGUUAUGGACAUGAAGAAGCUUUGACCCACUGGCAGGAGGCUUUUACCCAUGAAUUUAUAAAUCAACUGAGUAAUGGAUAACAACAUACAUGCUUUAUUUAUGAUAGAGGUAAAGUACAAGUUUCCCAGCUGGUGUAGGCUGGUGUAUCUGUGAUUCUGUGAUAGGAGUACUGACUUCAGUGGAGUUGAUCCAAUAUGCACACACUAAGGAGCAAACCCUCCAACCCCAGACUAAUUUUUGCCAUAUCUCUAUGCAGACAAGCUUCCAAAGCUUUUAUCAUCAUGCCUUUUUUACUGAUCAUGCCAAUGAAAUUAUUCAUGUACUAUAAUCCUUGCCUUUAAGGAGAUACUGUACUUCGCAAAACUAUGCAGUAUAGAGCACAACGUAAAACUGCUUUAGACCACACAGUCUGGGAAGGCAUUAUCAGAACUCAGACGAACAGAGCAGCUCUUUAUCAGAUGUUGGUGACAUGUUCACUCUGUGCUUCCACCACCAAGUUUUAUAUAUGGAGUGAAUGAUGGCUGUACAUUUCUGAUGACUGUGGGCCAGAGCUUCAACUGACGUGCCUCUAAGUAGCUCCGUAGAUGUCAGGGCUGAUUUACACCAGCUGAAAACUUGUCCUCUGCCUUUUCAUACCAUACUGCAUGCUCUAAUGUAGCUUUAUAAAUACAUACUGAAACUGAGUAUAUAUUGAACUGAUUCAGCACCAGAUAGUCCCUGCUAAAAGAAUUGGAGGCUAAUUUCUGCCUGCCAUCUAGGCUUGCGUGUGUUUUGGUUUUAACUGAAAUGCAUGUUGCAAUAUCAUUACCUCUGAGUUUAAAUAUUUACCGGCAUCAGCAUUAGCUUGCAUAGAAAAAUGGCAAAUAAAUUCAAAUGUGUCAUAAAUGCUCAGUCUAGAAAUGGAAUCUGUUACUUUAGCUCAAAGACAUUGAAGCUGGCUAAAGUGGUGUUUCUAAUUCAAAAGCCGUGGCAAAUAUUUAUCUAGGCCCAGUUUUGCUGUUCUUCCCCUGAGCAUCCUCAUUGGCAGGUUACUCCACUGAAAGCCACAGGAGUAAGUGUGUAAAUGAGUGCUGAGCACACAGAUUGCAGAAUCGGGCACCAAGGUUGUCAGGUUGAUGCAAUCAGGAGUUUAAUUUUAGCCAUAUGUAUCAUUUGAGGACUCUUACAAAAUCUGUACAUUUUAUCCAAGCUGACAGUCCUUGUAAUUCCAUCAAAUAUUGUAUCAUUUACUCCUGUCUGUACUUUUGACAUCUCUGGAUUGCAUAUUUUCUACUGAAUCUUAAAUGCUGUUAUUUUUAAACCCACAUUCCCGAGGUCUAGGAUGUAUCAUCACAGAGUAUGAAAACAAGUCAAAGGAUCUGGUUGUAUUUUGCUCUGGUUUUGAGCUGUCCUUUUGUUGGUGUUCUGUCUUUGGCUCUAGUACUCCCACUAUUUUAAAAUCGGCUCGAUUCAACUCAAGAUCCUGCCUGUCUUUUGGGGAAAAAAGAAAGCAAAAUACAGCUAAGGUUGGGGAAAACUCAUCAUGCAAGCUCAGUGGGUGUUUGCUCUUCCUGGUUGUCUUGAUUUUUAACCCAGCCAUGUUGCGAGUAGCCAAGUCUGCGUGUUCUCUUGCCCGUGUUUCUGGCUCUUGUGGCAAAUACUAGAUUUUCCUUUCUUUUGGGUUUUUUUAUUUCAUUUUGUGUAUGUGUGUGUGCAUGUAGAAUGAAACAGAAUAUCAGGAAAAUUUAUAUACACUUUCUUCUGGUUCCUGGAAAUAGAGCAACAUUAUGACCUUACGGUCUUCCAGCAAAAGUCUGAUUUAAUUUCUGCAUUGCAGUGCAACUUAAUUAGCUAUUGGAAUUAGAUUAUGGUUUACUAAAUGCCCUUUACCUUACAUUCUUACUUUUUAUUUACUAUUGAAGUAGCCUUCUUUUUCUCUCAUGUGUGCAAAUACCGUAUCAAUAAUCGCUGCAAUUCCACAAGGUGUCUUUGUUCCGAGCAAGCAUGUUAUUCUUGUAAAGUUUUAAGUAUAAGUUAAGAUGUUUUGUACAGACCAAGGUAACUGUUAAAAUGUCCAGCAAUUACUGAAAUGUUGUAUAGUUCUAAAAGUUUGAUUUCUUUUGCUUUAUAUGUAUAAAAUUGUAUCUUGCCUGUUUUGCUUUGUAUUUCCAACGUGUUGCACAAUUAUGCAUUUUGUUUACAUUUGUUCCUUCUUCAGACAAAAAAUACCAGUAAUACUUUAUGUACAAACAUUUUAAAUGUACUUUUGUUGGUUUUAAACACAAUGUCUCUGUAUAAAUAAUAUUGGUUGAACUGGUACCAUUGUGUCUCUCAUAGAGGGAUUAAUUAUACUGCCAGUGCAUUGAAUUAUUUAAAAAAAAAAAGGAAAAUAAAAUUUUUAUGAAAAUGUAA